UCAGGUUUUCGACCAGGUGAUUCUACUGUUAAUCAAUUAAGAUGUCUUGUUCAUAAGAUCUAUGAUGCUCUAGAACGGGGCAGAGAAGUUCGGAUGGUAUUUCUUGAUAUAAGCAAGUCGUUUGACAAAGUGUGGCAUAAGGGACUGUUAUAUAAACUUGAAAAAAUUGGUGUUAGAGACCCCUUGCUAAGUUGGUUCAGAAGCUAUUUAACUAAUCUUAAACAGCGAGUCGUUAUUGAUGGUCAAUUUUCUGAAUGGAAAAACAUAAAAGCUAGUGUUCCUCAGGGCUCUGUUCUUGGUCCGUUGCUUUUCUUGAUUUAUAUCAAUGAUAUUACUGAAAAUCUUGAAACGUCCGUUUUUCUUUAUGCCGAUGAUACCUCUCUUUAUGAUAUUGUUGAAACACCAGCGGUGUCCUCGGUCAAAUUAAAUAAUGAUCUUAAAUUAAAUAAUGAUCUUAUGAUCUUAUUGACAGUAUUUCA